UCAGGAACCCAAACACACCGUUUCUGUUUGUAUAAAGUGCUAUCAGGGAGCAGACGCUGCAGUCGGGGGGUCGGUAUACAGGGAGCAGACGCUGCAGUCGGGGGUCGGUAUACAGGGAGCAGACGCUGCAGUCGGGGGUCGGUAUACAGGUAGCAGACGUUGCAGUCGGGGGUCGGUACAGGGAGCAGACGCUGCAGUCGGGGGUCGGUAUACAGGGAGCAGACGCUGCAGUCGGGGGGUCGGUAUACAGGGAGCAGACGUUGCAGUCGGGGGUCGGUAAACAGGGAGCAGACGCUGCAGUCGGGGGGUCGGUACAGGAAGCAGACGCUGCAGUCGGGGGGUCGGUACAGGAAGCAGACGCUGCAGUCAGGGAGUAACGGUGAGAAUGACCCCACUUCCGGGAGCUGAGCUGGUGCGGACCCCGCUGCAAUUGUACCGCUACUUGCUGCGCUGCUGCAAACUGCUGCCCAGUGCGGCCGUGCAGACCCACUACCGUCACACCGUCCGACAGAGUUACAACAGCCACGCAGAUGAGGACGACCCUGACCGAAUCCGUGCGAUCGUCCAGAGAGCGAUUUCUGACGCUGACUGGAUCUUAAACAAGUAUAUCAAAAAGACAGGAUCUCCAGGUCAGGACGCAACAGCGCAAAACAACUCCGAUCGAAACUGAUGCUACUCUGCUUUAAAGCUCAUAGAAAGCACAUGUAAUUGUGCUUCUAAGGCAACAUUUUGCACAUAAAAAGCAGUUAAUACUUUCUGAACUACUGUAUGUGUGUAUGUGGAUAUUUUGUACAGACUGUUUAGUGGAACCAUUAGCUCGCUGGAGGACCUCCAUCGCAUCUUGUUAAUACUGUGUAUAUUAAAUUGCACUGUAUAUGAUGAAUAUAUAAUAAAACAUCUUACUAAAUAAA